AUGUAUUCUUCUUCUUCUUCACCAGAUAAAGAUGAAAAUGAUUUAAAAGUUAGUGAAUCAACAUAUAAAUUACCAAUCAUUGAUUUGAAAUCAUUCAAGAGUGGAGAGGAUAGAGAAAAAGUAGCAAAAGAGAUAAAUGAUGCAUGCAAGAGACAUGGAUUCUUUUAUAUUGCUGGACAUGGUAUAGAGGAAGAAUUGAUAGAUAGAUUGGAUAGUGUUAGUAGACAAUUCUUUGCAUUGGAUGAACAAGAGAAACUAAAGAUUAGAAUGGAGUUGGGUGGUAGUGCAUGGAGAGGUUACUUUCCGCUGGGUGGAGAGUUGACUUCGAAUCGACCAGAUUGGAAGGAGGGGUUGUACUUUGGCACCGAACUACAAGAUACUCAUCCCUUGGUUGUCAGCAAGACACCUGUACAUGGUAGAAACCUAUUUCCCGACGAAUCAAUGGUGCCAACCAUGUCACAAAUUGUAUUAGAGUAUAUUGAAAAGGUUACUCAAUUGGGUCAUGUCGUGAUGGAAGCCAUUGCACUGAGUUUAGGGGUGCCAUCAGACUACUUUUAUAGUCUCUAUACCCAAGACCCACUCAUUCUCUUUAGAAUAUUUAAUUACCGGUCACAAGUCAUUCCCGAUGGAAUGGAUGUUCGUUGGGGUGUUGGUGAACACACCGAUUACGGGUUACUCACCAUUCUGUACCAAGAUGAUAUUGGCGGACUGCAAGUCAAGGUCGGUGGCGAGGGUUGGAUCAAAGCACCACCCAUCAAAAACACGUUUGUCUGUAAUAUAGGUGAUAUGCUCGACCGCAUGACCGGCGGUCUCUACAAAUCGACACCUCACCGCGUUGCCCUCAACACGAGCGGGCGUCACCGUCUCUCAUUCCCCCUCUUUUUCGAUCCCAACUUUUUCACUCAAGUCCAACCCAUCGAUGGCAUCUCCAUUGGCCAAGACGACAGCCACCAGCGUUGGGAUAAAUCCAACGUGCACGAAUUUCAAGGUACCUAUGGCGACUAUCUCAUCAACAAGGUUAGUCAAGUAUUUCCACAAUUAAAACAAAAUAUUAAUAACACUCAACAACAACGAUCUGAAUAA